UUAUUCAUUGCAAUUUUAUACGUAAAAGCAUGGCUUCAAUGUAGUAUGGCGGUGAAGGCACCGAAUCAAGAUUUGUGCUUUUUAAAGAGCCUUAAGGAAUAUGAAACCGUCGAUAAAUUGAUUUCUAAGGCAGCUCUCAGCAAGUUUAGCAACCAUCUUUGGUACUUAUCGGAAGAAAUUGUCCUUCUGUCACUCUUUGACGAUGAAGUUGAUGAACCAACCAAGGCAAACAUGAUAACAAACUUGCAAAGAGAGAGUUUGUCUAAUUCUGGGAAGAGGUACAUUCCGUCAAAAGAAGAUAUGUCUCAUCAUUUGUAUGAAAUGUCACUGAGUGAUUUUGUGUCAACCAAGAGCAACAAUUUAUUUUCACGAUUAAAAAUCGACAAAAACUUCCUUCAGAAACCAAUUUCUAUGUGGGAAAAAGAUGUUGCCUAUUUAGAGGCAAAAAGAAAGGUUUUGGCUUUGAGAGCAGUUAAUGAUACAGCUGAAAGAGCUGUAAAACUAAUGCAAGAUUUUCAUGGUUUAAUUACAGCAAAGGAAGAGCAAAAGCAAUAUUUGCUACGCUGCGUGCAAGAGCACAGAAGAAUGUAUCCAGAUUGUAAAAAAGAGACCCUCAAGAGAAAAUAUCCGGGCUAAUUAUUUGCAACUUUGUGACCUUGUAAUUGAGACUUUAUCUUCUUAAAAUAAAUAUACCUUUAAAAUAACUUUGUUAUUAAUCUUAAACUAUAAAAUAACAUUAUAAUUCAUUUAGCUGCAUAACAGCAUAUUAAGUCAAAAAAUCUGCAAUUUCUUAAAACUUUGAAACGUAGUCGGCACGGGUUAAUGUUGGAGUAGAAAGAUGAAAUUUUGUAUUUAGAUAAGUCUAGGUAGACGUAAAAAAGUUAGAGGGUAUGCAUUACGAUUUUCGAAAAAAAAAAUUUUUCGCUUAUAUAAGGGACACCCUAA